GCGUCAGCGCAGCGGCAGUCCAGUGUCAGCUUCCGACGCGUACGGUUGCGUCUUGGUAGCAUUUGCAUCAUUAACAGUGCGACAAAUAAAAUAUUUCAAGAGACAAACUGACUACGAAAAAGGGAAACAUUGAUUUCAGUUUCCACAAAAUUAAUAUAAGGUGUAUGCUAAUUUAACGGACCAGUGGUGAUAUAUCAGUAUGAUAUAUGUAAUUGCUUUGUCGGUGAUAGCAGGUGCUCUAGGCCUGUAUUAUUACCUUUUUAAGGAUUUGAAUUACUUCAAGAAACAUGGUAUACCGCAUAAGCCGCCUCUUCCUAUAGUGGGAAAUAUGGGAUCAUCGUUUAUGCGCCUUCAAUCGGUAGCCGACCUUGUGAAGGAAAUUUACAACUUAAAUCCUGAAGCAAAGUAUGUUGGCAUAUUUGACAUGACUGUUCCACUUGUAAUGCUCCGCGAUCCCGAGCUUAUUAAAUCUAUCACGUUAAAACACUUCGAAAUGUUCCGGGAUCAUCGCACUUUCGUGGACGAAACUCAAGAUCCGUUAUUUGGCAAAAAUCUUUUCUCUCUUCGCGGAGAGAAAUGGCGGCAAGUACGAUCUUUAUUGAGCCCAGCCUUUACAUCCAGUAAAAUGAAAAACAUGUUUAAGCUCAUGUCGGAUUGUGGCGUCAAUUUCGCUAAUAAUUUAGCGCAACUUCCUUCAGAUCAGAAGAUAAUUCAAGUGAAAGAUGUCUUUACGAGGUAUACUAAUGACGUGAUUGCUACUUGCGCUUUUGGCAUUAGUGUUGAUUCUAUGAAAGACCCAAAGAAUGAAUUCUAUGUAUAUGGUAAAGAAGCGACCAAUUUCAACAUUAUUGCCUUAAUAAAGAUAUACGUAUUUAGAAGCUUACCUACGUUAGCACGAUUAAUCAAAUUGAAAUUUAUCCGUCAGAAAAUAGCAGAUUUCUUCCGAAACCUCGUACAAAACACAAUAAAAAUCAGGGACGAGAAAGGUAUCGUCCGUCCUGAUAUGCUGCAAUUGAUGAUGGAAAGUAGGGGUAAAGAGGGUAAGGCAGAAUUGUCUGUCGAUGAUAUGGUAGCGCAGGCAUUUAUCUUUUUCUUUGGUGGCUUCGACAGUACUUCAACAUUGAUGUGUUUUGCCGCUCAUGAAAUCGCGGUAAACCAAGAUAUACAAGAGAAACUUCAAAAGGAGAUUGACCAGGUCUUGGAAGAUACAAAUGGACAAGCACCUUACGAAGCGGUUAAUGGCAUGGAAUAUUUAGAUGCUGUGAUCAACGAAGCUCUCAGAAUGUAUCCGGUUGCUGUAGCAAUGGACAGAUUAUGCGAACAAGAUUUCGAGCUGCCUCCGGCACUACCAGGGAUGAAACCUUUUACGAUCAAAAAAGGACAAGGCGUAUGGAUACCGGUUUAUGGACUACAGCAUGAUCCGAAUUACUUUGAGGAGCCAGAGAAGUUUGAUCCGGAACGGUUUCGUGGUGAACGGAAGAAGGACAGUCUCAACUGCGGAGCCUACUUUCCUUUCGGUCUUGGCCCCAGAAUGUGCAUAGGUAAUAGAUUCGCGUUGCUGGAGACAAAGGUUCUACUUUUUCAUCUAUUGGCCCGUUGCGAUUUGAAAAUUUGCGAGAAGACGCCAAUACCACUCAAGAUCGCCAAGGACGGCUUCAACAUGAAGCCUGAAGGUGGUUUCUGGCUCAAGGUGCAGCCAAGGAAAAAUAUACAUCGCACUCUUGAAACCAAUCUUGUUAAUGGAACGCACUAAAUAGAAAAUGGAAACAAUAGCACAAAAACGAAUACGAAACAAGAUAUUUCUUAGUCCAGCAAGAAGCUACUAACGUUGCUGCAAAUGCAAGAAUUAGCGAUAUUCUUGUAUUAGAAAUAUUUUUGGUGCAUUAAGCAUGGGUGUAUCAUGUUUUGUAAGUUUGUCACGAAAUGGAGAAAGAAGAGGGCAGGUGGAGAAUUAAUGAAAGAUUAAAUACUAAUUCUCACGUUACGAUGUUAUCGUAGCGAUCAAUUUUUAAUCCUUUUCUUGCAAUAUACUAAUUGUAUAAUUAUUGUUAUCAUAACAACUACUUGUAUCUUUCUGUUUCACUUCUUUGACUAGUGUAUAACAAAUACUUUCAUAAUCUUUUACAUUAAUACAAAAAUGUAUCAUGCACAGACAAGAGGCUAGAAAGAUAAGUAAGCGAUUACGUAAUUGUGGUUAAAAAGAAAAUCUAAUUGUACAUAAAAAGACAAAUAUAUGCUACAGAAAAAUAAUGAAGAAAAAACUUAUAAUGAUUUGUUAUACAUAUAAGACGCUAUUUCUUAACCUAUGUAUCUAUGAAAAAAUGUCUAUAUACAUAAAAUAUACAUUUUUUGAAUGUUGUAUAUUAGUUGAA